AUGGCGCAGGUCGAGGAAAGAAAUGUGUUGGAUUCAGCUGGUCUGCCAAUUGACAAAACGCUGCUGCCGGAUGCUGUCCAAUCUCCCCUGGUGGAUGAUGCGAUGCAACCCAAGGAGGGGGCGGAUGGGUAUCCUGUCAAGGCUCGGAAGCCUUACACGAUCACGAAACAGCGAGAGAAGUGGACAGAGGAAGAGCAUGGGAAGUUCCUGGAGGCUCUGAAGCUUUAUGGUCGGUCGUGGCGCCAGAUACAAGAACACAUUGGCACAAAGACUGCUGUCCAGAUUCGGAGCCACGCUCAGAAGUUUUUCUCCAAGGUGGUGCGUGAACCUGGGGCAAGUAAUGCAAUUGAGAUCCCACCCCCUAGGCCAAAGAGAAAACCACUGCACCCAUACCCUCGCAAGUGUGCUGACUCCACCACCAUGGCAAAUCCUCCAAUGGGCGAACCGAAGAAUGCUCCUAUUUCAUCAUCAUCUGGUUCUGACCAAGAGAAUGGUUCACCUGUGUCGGUGUUGUCUGCGAUGCAGUCGGAUGCUUUUGGAUCAUCAGUAUCAAACCCGUCAACGGGGUGUACGUCCCCUGCGUCAUCGGAUGAUGGGAAUAAUGUCGCUGAGGUAGUGAAUGGGGAGGAAAAUUUAGUCACUCAGCAAAUAGAAGAUGAUCGAUCCCCUCAGGAAUUAAAGCAGGACAACAGUGACGGUGAGUUGUCUGAAGAAGGUUCAUCACGAGUCCAAGAAACCAGUUUGAAGCUUUUUGGGAAGACAGUUAUCAUCCCAGACCCAAAGAAAGUUUGUUCCUCGGAUGGGGGAGCUGGAGCUGGAGAUGGAGAUGGUGAGAAAGACACUCAUUCUUCUACACAAGAAAUGUUGCAAGCAUCCUCAGUUGGAGGCGUGGCAGCAUACCCUUCCCAUAAUGGAUGGAUUCUACCAUUCCAUUCUUUCCCUGUUCAUAUGUAUGAGUCGGGGGAUGCUAGGAUUUCCCCUCUUCAUAUAUGGUGGCCUUACUAUGGUUUUCCGGUCGGCCAUCCAAGAGGGUUUGGCACAGGGCUGCAUAACGAAGGUGCCAGUGAGAGUGAUACCAGCAAAAGCCCAUCGGUUGAAUCUAGUUCAGAUUGCAUGGGCAAUGUUCAGACGACAACCCCUACCAACUGCAAAGUUGUGAAGGAGUCACUUGGGCCAGUUCAGACACCAGAGUCCGGUCCGAGUGUUGAGCUGAAACCGAGCGCAAACUCGGCCUUCGUAAGAGUGAAGCCGAGCAGCAGCAGCAGAGACCAACCACCGCUAAGGGGAUUCGUGCCAUACAAAAGAUGUAAAGUCGAAUAA